CUCCGUUCCUCUUUCUCUCCCUCUCCAUACGCUACGAGCAUAAAGAUAAUGGGUCCGGCCAGGCGAGGAGGGAGGUGAAGCAGGCGAAGUCACGACCUUCAUCAGCCUCACCACUUGCUGGCGAGGACCAUGGUACUCUCCGCAGAUCUAGCGCUGCGGCCUUGCUGAACUCUCUCUCUCUCUCUCUCUCUCUCUCUCUUCGUACGAGGGGCAACAGCAACAACGAUGGGCCAAGACAAUGGCGAGGGUCGUUGGACUGUCACCGGUGGAUGGACGGCCCUGCCACCGGCCAAGGGGAAGAAGGGAGUGUGGAUCAAAUUGCCCGUUGAAUGUUCGCAUCUUGCUGACAUUAUAGUGAAGGAAGGAUUUAGGUAUUAUCAUGCCGAACCAGCUUACCUGAUGCUUGUCCGCUGGCUUCCUGAGGAGACCUUGGAUACUUUACCUGCAAAUACUUCACAUAGGGUGGGUGUUGGUGCUUUCGUCUUGAAUGAUAAAAGAGUGAAGUUUUAUACCAUCUUUUGUUCGGUGCUUGUAGUCCAAGAGCAUAGUGGAAGGUUCCAAGGUACAGGUGUAUGGACUCCCACUGGAGUUGUGAAAGAGGGUGAGGAUAUAUGUGAUGCAGUUGUCAGGGAAGUAAAGGAAGAGACCGGAACACUAAAUUUGUCGAAGUCGUCUGUUUCAGACAAAGCCACGAAUCAUUCUUCACAAAGUCGGAUUUGUUCUUCCUUUGCGUACUUAAGCCAGAAUCGUCUGCUAUCAAUGAAGAUGAAGAGAUUGAGGCAGCCCAGUGGAUGCCAAUUGAGGAGUACACAAAACAACCUUUUGUUGUUGGAAACAAGCAAUUCAAUUUCAUGGCGAAGAUAUACUUGGAGAGGACUGAUCGUGGCCACCCUGGUUUCGCUGCUUUGGCCACAACUACUGGGAGAGGCAAAAGGAUUUACAUCUACUGCAAUAACCCUGAAAUUGUGGAGAACUUUGCAAGUUCUAUGUAAUUACUGCCUGGUUGUGAUACGAAAUUGCUUCCUUAGCCCCAGACGUACUGCACCAUCGCUGUGUAUGCUGUUAAGCGAUGUUCAGUCUUCGUCGUUUUUCUCAUCAAUUUCUUGUGUAAGCUGCAUAUCCUUCAUCUCAUUCAUGUCGGCCAGUUCACCAUCGGAUGCAAGCCGAAAGGAGACCGACGGUAGCACUGGUCGGGUUCAUGUCUUCAGUGGAAAACCAGACAGGUUUGAAGGGCUAACGGUGGAAAUCAAGGAGACCAUGGACGCUGAGACAUUCACUAGCCGCCUCAGAACUUCAAUUGAUGAAUGGAGAAUUGCAGGGAAGAAGGGCAUCUGGAUCAAUUUGCCCAUUGAACAUGUCAACCUUGUUGAACCUGCAGUGAAGGAAGGAUUCAAGUACCACCAUGCUGAAGAAAAUUACUUGAUGCUGAAGCAUUGGCUUGCUCUAGAAAGUACCAUCCCUAUUUAUGCCUCCCACAGGAUUGGCGUGGGUGCUUUUGUCAUGAAUGAUGAUGGAAAGGUGCUUGUAGUCCAAGAGAAGGUGGAAAGCGUGUAUGGAAGCUCCCACUGGAGUUGUUAACGAGGUAUGUUUAAGAAAUCAAGUACUACAUCAGAAGGCGAGGAUAUAUGGUGUGGAGCUGUGAGAGAAGUAAAGGAAGAGACAGGGUAAGUAGACACUGAAUUUGUUGAGGUCCUCUGUUUCAGGGAAAGCCACCAAUCAUUCUUCACAAAAUCAGAUUUGCUCUUCCUGUGCGUGCUUCGGCCUAAAUCAACUUUAAUCGAGAAACAGGAAGUAGAGAUCGAAGCGGCUGAGUGGAUCCCGAUCGAGGAGUAUGUACAGCAGUAUCCUCCCGAGAAAAAGGACCAGUUCUAUGAGAUGGCACAGAUAUGCUGGGAGAAGGCAAAGGGCCAGGGCUGUCCCGGUUUCACACACUUUAAGAGCAAAACGGGUGCGGAAAGCCUUGUUACAUAUACUCGAACAAGCCUGGAAAGCUGUAGUAGCACUAGCAGCAUCUGAAGCUUACUUCGGUUUCUGCUUAUGCCACGAAAUUAAUACAUCAAUCUAAACUAUAUGCGUCUCCUUUCUCUUCGCUUG